AAACCUCACCCCACCAUGCUUUGGCUUCUAACCAACGCAAAUCAAAGCAAAGCAAAGCAGGCAAAUUCAGAGACGCAGAAGGAAACAUCAGCAGCUAUGGCGGCAACCUUGUCUUCUCCGUGGGCCAAGCCUGGCGCGUGGGCUCUGGACGCUGAGGAACACGAAGCUGAACUUCAGCAGCAGAAAGAAGAGCAAGAUAGCAAUAACGAAAUCGCCGAUUUCCCAUCCCUAGCCACCGCCGCUGCCACCAAAACCAAGAAGAAAAAGGGCCAGACUCUCUCCUUAGCCGAGUUUAACUCCGUUAGCCAGCCGACACAGCCGAGCCGAUCACAGGGCCUUACUCAUGAAGAUCUCCUUGCCCUCCCCACCGGUCCCCGUCAGCGCUCCGCCGAAGAACUCGACCGCUCUCGUCUCGGCGGCGGCUUCAAAAACUACGGCUCCAAUAAUAGAUAUAAUAACAGUUCUUUUGGUUCCAAUAACAGUGAAGAUUCGUCCGGCUCCCGUUGGGGCUCUUCUAGGGUUUCUAAUAGGGAUUCGAAUAGAGAAUCUCAGUCGUCACGUGCCGACGAGAUCGAUAAUUGGGCUGCCGCGAAGAAGUCUGCGCCCGCCCCGAGGAGUGGGGGGUUCUUUGAUUCGCAGUCAUCCAAGGCUGAUGAAAGUGACAGCUGGGUUUCGAACAAGACUGAAACUCGGAGUCGAUUCGGUUUCAACAGUGGUGGCGAGAGGAAGAGUAGUUUCGAUUCGUUGUCGAGAGAUAGAGAUAGAGAUAAUUGGGGGAAGAAAAGAGAGGAGAGUAGUGAGAGUGAGAGGCCAAGGCCUAGGCUGGUUUUGCAGCCACGCACUAUGCCUGUGAGUGACGGGGGUGCGAAUGUAGUGAAACCUAAGGGGGUGAAUCCGUUUGGAGAGGCGAGGCCGAGAGAGCAGGUGUUGGCGGAGAAAGGGAUGGAUCCGAAGGAGAUUGAGGAGAAGCUUGAGGCGGUGAAGAUUAAAGAGGAGAAGGCUGAUACGCCCUCGUUUGGGAGGAGAGGAUUCGGUAAUGGGCGUGGUGGGUUUAAUGAGAGCAGGAGUUGGAGGAAGAAUGACUCCGACUCUGUUGAUUCAACCAUACAAAGUGCUGAGGAAACUGAGAAUGGACAUUCUGAAGUAGAAGUUGAGAAUGGGCAUACUGAGGAGAAACAUGACAAUGGACAUGUUGAUGAGAAUUGAGUAUAGAGAUUGACAAAUGUGAGGGAAGGAAAUAUUGAACUUAAUAGAAGCCUAAUGUGUUGAAUUCGUCGACUGUUAAUCAACUUGUUUGUUUCCAUAACUUUUACUACAGUGGGAUGCCGUAAUUAGACAAUUUUGGUAGGCUAGUUUGGCCAAUUCGGCUUGUUUUGUAGUAGUGUUCCGUUUUAGAAUUAUCCAUGUUGUUACUGUUAUGAUAUUAAAUUUUAUUGAACUCUGUUUUCCCUUUUGUUUUGGGUGACUCGGUACAUUAUUAAUUGGGUUCACGAGAUGGUGGAUCUUUGAUUGUUUUGAAAUGGUGAUCCAAUAAAUCAAGAAAAGAUGAUUUGUGUGUGGAAUUUCACCUUC